GCAGGCCAAUGAAACCGCGUUGUGCCCAAAGGUCAUGUCACGCAAGCAGCCGCCGCCGCCGCUUGCGCCGAGCUUGACGGCCGCGAUCAUCGCGUCAUACAAGGGCGAGCGCCUCAGCAAGUUCUACCAUGGGACGGGCACGGCCACGUUCAUCAACGGCCAAGUGUACGCCGGCACGUUUUGGAUGGGCCACAUGCACGGGAAAGGCCGCAUCGUGUGGCCGGACGGCAUCGUUUACGAAGGCGACUUUGACUACGACGAGCUCAGCGGCCACGCCAAGUACAGUUGGCCCGACGGCAGCGUCUACGAGGGCGGCGUGCUUCACGGCCUGCGCCACGGCCUUGGCCGCUUCAGCCAAGGCGACGUCGCGUACGAUGGCGAGUGGGUCGACGGCCGCGAGCACGGCGUCGGCACCAAAGUCUACGACGCGACCAAAGGCAUUGCGUACGAAGGCGACUGGAGAGACGGGCUUCGCGACGGCGCCGGCAUCAUGCGCUACGGGAAAAAGCUCGUCUACAAAGGCAGUUGGAUCCGCGACAUGAAAACUGGACGGGGGUGCAUGCAGUGGCUCGACCGGGCAGAGACGUACGACGGCGGGUGGCUCGAGGACCACCAGCACGGGUUCGGCGUACACACGUGGAAGGUCGGGAAGCUCAAGAACCGCGAACACCGUUACGAAGGCGAGUUUGCCAACGGCGUCCGGGACGGCUACGGCGUCUUCUACUACGCCAGCGGCGCGCGCUACGAAGGCCACUGGGAAGACAACGUCAAGCACGGACUCGGGCUCUUCUUCUUUGAAGAUGGCACGAUUUAUGAAGGCCAAUUCGACAACGAUCACAUGGUUGAUGCCAACGACAACAAGCCCAAAAACGCAGAGCUAGCGCCAACGAUGAUCUUAUAUGUGGACGACCUGGUCAAGGGCACGGAAAAAGAAAAGGCGCGGGGGGUCAAAGCCGCUCAAAACGCCGUGCUUCGGGCCAACACGGACUUGCGCCUUGUCUACCGGCACUAUGCCACGCGGGCGGGGGCAUCAGCAGUGCUCACGUCGGGGCCCCCGACGUCCGACAACCACUUGGAUCUGAUGGAGAUGCGGGAGCUCUGGCGGUUCAGCGCCGAGUGCCGACUGCACAACGUGACCAUGGGCAAGCUCGAUCGGUACCUCCUCGUGAUCCGCAACGCGCAAAACAAGGCCGUCAAAAAGCUGCGGAUCCAGCGCGAGAAAAAGCGCCGACACGUGCACCCUCGCUCGAUCGACGCGAUCGAGACGCCGCGGGAAAAGUGGACCGACGUCCACGACCCGGACCGUGUCAUUUUGUACCGCGAAUUCUGCGAGAUUCUAGUUCGCCUUGCGUGGGAUGACGCACUGGAGCGGGGCGAGGUCGACAUGACGGUCGCCGACGCGUUCACGUGCCUCUACGAGGACAAGAUCCACGACCACGCAUCGGCGCGCAUCGAGCCCAUGGAGGCGCUGAGCCUCGAGGUGCUCGACGCACCGCUCCAAGCCAUCUUCCGCAAGUACCGCGACACGCUCGAGCCGAUUUUUGCCAAGUACGCUCGCCUCGACAGCGAUGUGGCGCAGCAGCCCGAGAACGACAUUCACAUCUCCGUGCGCAGCUUUGUGCUGCUUUUGCGCGAGUUUGGCGCCAUGGGCACCAUGAGCGUCUCGGCGCUGCUGGCGCUGGUGCGAAAACCCUCCGAGGACGACGAGAGCGACGACGACGAGCUCGACCCGUUCGUGCUCGAAGCCGACCUGAUCUACCCCGAGUUCCUCGAGGCGCUCACCAAAGUCGCGCGCGCCGUCAUGGGCGUGCCCAGCGUCCCGCUGCCCGUGACCGUCGCCCAGUACAUCCACGCCACCUUCCUCCGCGACAAGGCGCCGCAGUACUUGCGCCGCAACUCGUUUACGCGCCGGCAGUCGUCGCUCGUCUUGGGCCCCGUGCAAGAAUAACAUCAUGGACAAGUUGUGCAUAAUUACCGGCGACCCGUGUGGAAG